AUGUUCGCGAUCGAUAAGGGUGUCGAGUGUCCUGUUAACAAUCUCUUCUCGGCCUCGCUCGUGCUCGUCCAGCUACGGAGCGUAACGAAUACUGAGUUUCAAGUGUCGUUGGUACGGUCUAGCGAGGGUCCCUCGACGCGUCUCUCUGUUGAACUUCAGCUGGGGGGCAUGAUGCUAUUGAUGGAUAUGCUUCUUGAUUUGCUGAUGGUCCGUCCCAUCGGACAACAUAACUUCAUGGGGACCCGACUCGCAGAGCGCUAUUAUGAUUUGCGUGUUAAGGGAACGUUGGCCGCGGUUGUAGGUGCUUUGCCGGCUGAGGGUUAUCGAAAUUUGACAUAG